AUGGGCCCCUCCCAUUCUGCACUGCCGCCCUGGAUGAAGUUUGGCCUGUGGUGGCCCCUUCUGCUCCCAGCAGCGUUGGCGCAGCGAGGCCCCCACACCCAGGCCGAGGACCGCCUCUUCAAACACCUCUUCAGGGGCUAUAACCGCUGGGCACGGCCAGUGCCCAACACCUCAGACGUGGUGAUCGUGCGCUUUGGACUGUCCAUUGCCCAGCUCAUUGAUGUGGACGAGAAGAACCAAAUGAUGACCACCAACGUCUGGCUGAGGCAGGAGUGGAGCGACUACAAGCUGCGCUGGAACCCAGCUGAUUUUGGCAACAUCACCUCCCUCCGGGUCCCUUCAGAGAUGAUCUGGAUCCCUGACAUUGUCCUUUACAACAAUGCAGACGGAGAGUUUGCAGUGACCCACAUGACCAAAGCGCACCUCUUCUCCACGGGCACUGUGCACUGGGUGCCCCCAGCCAUUUACAAGAGCUCCUGCAGCAUCGACGUCACCUUCUUCCCCUUCGAUCAGCAGAAUUGCAAGAUGAAGUUUGGCUCCUGGACCUAUGACAAGGCCAAGAUCGACCUGGAGCCGAUGGAGCAGACGGUGGACCUGAAGGACUACUGGGAGAGUGGUGAGUGGGCCAUCAUCAACGCCACGGGCACCUACAAUAGCAAAAAGUAUGACUGCUGCGCCGAGAUCUACCCCGACGUCACCUAUGCCUUCGUCAUCCGCCGGCUGCCACUCUUCUACACCAUCAACCUCAUCAUCCCCUGCCUGCUCAUCUCCUGCCUCACCGUGCUGGUCUUCUACCUGCCCUCUGACUGCGGCGAGAAGAUCACGCUGUGCAUCUCCGUGCUGCUCUCGCUGACCGUCUUUCUGCUGCUCAUCACCGAGAUCAUCCCGUCCACCUCGCUGGUCAUCCCGCUCAUCGGCGAGUACCUGCUCUUCACCAUGAUCUUCGUCACCCUCUCCAUCGUCAUCACCGUCUUCGUGCUCAACGUGCACCAUCGCUCCCCCAGCACCCACAGCAUGCCCCACUGGGUGCGGGUGGCCCUGCUGGGACGUGUGUCCCAGUGGCUGCUGAUGAACCGGCCUCUGCCACCCUUGGAGCCACACGACUCCCCAGGCCUGAAACUCAGCCCGUCUUGUUACUGGUUGGAGACCAACAUGGAUGCAGAGGAGAGAGAGGAGGCAGAGGAGGAGGAGGAGAAAGGCAGAUGGGUGUGUGCAGGCCGCCUAGCCCCCUCCAUGGGUAUCAUCUGUGGCCGGGGACGCCUGCACCCACAGGCCUCAGGGCUCAGGGCCGAGGCUCCCUCUGGAGAGCGUGAGAUCUUGCUGUCGCCUCGCAUACAGAAAGCCCUGGAAGGUGUACACUAUAUUGCUGACCACCUGCGGUCAGAGGAUGCCGACUCUUCGGUGAGAGAAGACUGGAAGUGUGUUGCCCUGGUCAUCGACAGGAUCUUCCUCUGGCUCUUCAUCAUCGUCUGCUUCCUGGGAACCCUGGGGCUCUUUCUGCCUCCAUUCCUGGCUGGAAUGAUCUGAUGUCAUGUCCCUUGUGUCGGCUCCAAGGCCGUCCUGCCAGCCAGCAAGGACCACCUUUAACUGCAGCUGCCUCCAGAGUGCCCUCGGGGGCCAGCGCCAUCUGCCUGCGGUGCUUCUGGGGAGAGAGCACCAGCCCUGAAAGUCUUCCUGGAGCACUCACUGUGACGCUAUGAACCUAGUACUGGGAAUCUGCUGGACAGAAAGCCCGGUUUAGGAAGCAGAGGAGCUAGAAAAGAAGGAGGACUCUGCCCUGCAGAGGGGUGGGACUAGCACAAGGAGAAACAAGAUGGCC